AGGCGACCGCCCAAAAUGCACGGGGCACCCCCCAAGUAUAUAAGACGAUAGGCCGCCACGCGAUUUGGCCUGUUCUCCAUUUCAAUCUCAGCCAUGGGCAGACUUGAAUCAGCCAUUGAGAUUCCCGAUGAUCGGAGUCGCUUCUACUCCGAUAACGGCCACUACAGCCCCCGCCGUGAUGGCUCCCCGGACUACCGUCGCCGUACUAGCCGCCGUAGCCCCUCUUAUGAGUCCUAUGGUCGCCAGAGCAACCGCCGUGAAGUCGAUUACGCCCGCGACAGCCGCAGCCGCAGCCCUUCAUAUGAUCGAUAUGAAAACCGCGCCUACCGCCGGGAUAGAUCCGAUUCCCCUGAUAGAAGAAGCGCUCGGUCCAGGGAAACCCUAGAUCAUUCUCUUCCCAGAAGGUUCGGCAGGAAGCGGCCGCAUCUCGAUCGGGGCAACGGGAGGUUGUCGGAAUCGGAGUCCGAUGAGGAAUUGAAGGGGCUGAGCACCGAGGAGUACAGGAGAUUGAAGAGGCAGAAGAUGAGGAAAGCCCUGAAGUUUUGCAUCUGGAACUGCACGCCCAGCCCUCCAAGACGAGGGGAGGAGGAGGCCGAGGAGAAAGCGGAGGAAAUCGAUGAGAGGUAUGGAGAAGAUUUGGAGAAAAGUGAAUCAAGUGACAGGGAGAGGCAGAAUGGGAAGAAGAAGGAUAGGAGUGAGUCUGAGAGUCAAGGCAGUGAGUCUGAGAGUGAGUCCGAGUCGGUAUCUGAUGAAUCUGAGUCGGAUAAUUCGCGUUCUAGGAAGAAGAGGAAAAAGAAGACGAGUAGGAGCUCGAGAUCGAAGAGGAGGAGCAUGAGUGAGUCCGAGAGUGGAACUGAUAAUGAUAUGGAUGAUCGGAAGAAGGGGAAAUCUUCUAGUUCGAAAAAGCAGCGGAGGAAAGCUGCUGAAACUGAGAGCGAGUCGGAGAGUGAAACUGACAGCGAGUCAUAUAGGAAGAAAUCGAGGAAGAGAAGUAGCAGGCGGCACAAGAGCAGUAGGAGGAGGAGAAAGAGUCAGUACAGCGAUUCGGAGGCUCGUGAGAGUGAGGAUGGUGAACCCGAAAAAAAGGGGAAGAGCUCAUCGAGAUCUCGGUCAAGAAGGGAGAGAAAGAAGAAGAAGCAGACCAAGGGGGAGAGCGAGAGCGAGAGCUUGAGGGAAGAAAGUGAGAAGUCAGAGUCUGAGGGUGAAGAGAAGAUUAAGGAGACUGAGGCUAUGAUGGCCGAAAGCAAUGCAGAGGCACUCCUGUUGAAGGAGCUGAUCGAGUCCCAGAAGAAGCCUGCUUUAGAUAUCGAGCCUAUGGUAGGCCCAGCUCCGCUGCCGCGAGCAGAAGGGCACAUUAGCUAUGGUGGAGCUCUUCGUCCUGGUGAAGGUGAUGCAAUUGCACAGUAUGUCCAGCAGGGGAAGCGUAUUCCCCGAAGAGGAGAAGUGGGUCUCUCUGCUGAGGAGAUUCAGAAGUUUGAGGGUCUUGGGUAUGUGAUGAGUGGUAGCAGGCACCAGAGAAUGAAUGCGAUCCGUAUUAGGAAGGAAAACCAGGUUUACAGUGCUGAGGACAAGCGGGCUUUGGCAAUGUUUAACUACGAGGAGAAGGCAAAGCGGGAGCAUAAGGUUAUGGCCGAUCUGCAGCGGCUUGUGCAGCGUCACAUUGGUCAGGAUGUAGGUCCCACUCACGAUCCUUUUGGUGCAAAAGGUGGCGAUGUUGCUGAUGCUUAGCAGAUAUGUAUGUUCUACACCUGGGUUCUGUCUUAUGCUUAUGUUCUUGUGGGAAAUAGGUUUACCUAAAAGUACUGUAUCCUCUUUUUUCAAUGGCUUAAGCAGCACUAGCUUUGAGUCUGAUGUUAAGGAUGUUGUUUCUCGUACUUUGCUUUUAUUAGAUCUUUUAUAAUCCAGAAAGGUUCUAGAGUGGUUGUAAAAUGAUUGUGGAAUUGCAAAUUGCUUGAUAAUCAUACUUACUGAUGUCUGGGUAAGUGAUUGGUUCAUCCAUCCAAGUUUAUGUUAUUGACAAUUGCAGAACUGUUAAA